ACCUUGACAUGGAGGAUGAGCUGUCAAGGUGAAUAACUCCAUUCGAUAUCUGUCAAGAGGACACCUGUCAUCUAUAUAUACCCUGUAGAUCCGGAUUUGUGUGAACAGACACACAGUCACAAAUUCGUAUCUAGGGGAGUAUGUAGUUGAUAUACAGACCGCAAUGCAACAUCAAUGGAAAAUGCAGAUAUAAUAUAGAGCUCAGUUUUUUAUAAUAAAAAACAUGUAUAUCUACAAUUAACAUUUUAGCUUUUGUUGUACAUAGCUUUAAAGAACAAACUGAAACAACUAACAGUUUUGUAGAGUUAAAUACAAGUGAUGAUCAAGUCAGCAUGUUUCUAGGAUCGAGGCAACGGCAAUGUACAAGCAAUUUUAACGGUUAAUGGUCAAUUAUGCUUGGGGCGUAAAUCAAAAUGCAGAAUACACACGCUCCUUGUAUGGGGAGUGACUGCAGAUUGUGCUUAAAUGCAAAAAACCUUAGUUUUGAUUUAGGAGGCUUUGUAACCUGAAUUAGUUGAUGAAUUUUCUAUCGAUCCUAAACAAGCCCAGAUUUAUCUCUGACACGCAGAUCACGCCACCUCCAUUCUAUCACCAUUAUUAGCAAGUGCAUUUAAGAGGUUCGUCAGAGGGAGCGGUUUGUCCUUUCAGUUGGUUUCGCUUUUCAUGAGUAUUGCGAGGGUAUUCAAGUUCGGAACAUCUGAACCACAUUUUUGAGAGGAGUAUGUACGUUUUCAUUAAAUUGAGGUACUCAAGACGAAAGAGAGAGGGAGUCGUUUAGUCUCGGCGGUCUGUGCUUAAGUCCAGGGUGGCUUUUUCGGCAUGGCAGCUUACGCUAAUGCGUGUUUUGUUAAUCUAAAACCAAGGCAUUAAAAUAUGAAACGUAUUUAUACUGUCCCAAACUGUGCGUCGAUAUUGAACACAAUCUAAACUGCUUUUUCUCGCUUCCUAAUCCGGGAAUUGGAAGGAUGCACGCCAUUGGCUACUGCUGUCACGUGGAUCCUUAACUUUGUUCACUUGACAGAAAGUAGGAGGGUUUUACGAAACAGGAAAACGAGUAAAGGGAUAGAUAUAAAUUUUAGUAUAUUUUGUGUGCAAUUCAAAGAAAUUAAUGGCCAUGAGUUCCUAUUUGAUCAACUCCAACUAUGUGGACCCCAAGUUUCCACCGUGCGAGGAGUACUCCCAAAGCGACUACCUACCCAGUCACUCUCCGGACUACUAUAGCACCCAAAGGCAAGAGCCAUCGUUCCAGCACGAGUCGAUCUACCAUCAGCGGUCGGGCUGCGGCGAUCCACCCUACUCGUCGUGCCAGGGUCCAGGGCAGCCCGCUGUGGUCAUGUCUCCUCGGGGUCACGUACUAAACUCUGCUGCUCUCUCGACCCCUCUCCCAGAUCCAAGCCGUCAUUGCGACUCGGUAACUCCGAGCCCUCCGCCUGCUUGCGGUCAGACCCCCAUUAACCAAAGCACUCCUUCGGCCACUUCUCGAAAGGAUCCCGUGGUAUACCCCUGGAUGAAAAAAGUUCACGUAAAUAUCGUGAGCCCGAACUAUUCGGGGGGAGAACCCAAGCGCUCACGCACAGCUUACACGCGACAGCAAGUUCUUGAGCUGGAGAAAGAGUUCCACUACAACCGCUAUCUUACACGAAGGCGCAGGGUGGAAAUUGCCCACACCCUUUGCCUCUCCGAACGACAGAUUAAGAUCUGGUUUCAAAAUCGGCGUAUGAAGUGGAAGAAAGACCAUAAGCUGCCCAACACGAAGAUCCGCUCCAGCAGUUCGGGCAACUCGACUUUAAAUGGUGGCCCCUUAUGCAGUAAUCAGAACCGUGCUAGCGGACCUCCACAGACUCUAUAGUUUGCUUUUGAUAAUUUGUAAUACGCACAUUUUAAGACCUGAAUUUUAUCAGUGAGGCUCUAGAAAUGCUCAACCUCAUCGCUUAUAAACGAUAUGGAUAUUAUACGAGGUGGGGUAAUGAUAGGGUGCACAGUGAAAAAUAUUUUAAACACAAAUGGUGUGAAGAAACGAACUCAAACACUUCCACAUUUGUGCUGACUCCCAGUUCAGUUCAAUCCUGUGCCCUUGGUUCCUGGUCUCUCGACCCUUCUAUAACAACAGAAGGCAGCAGACAGUUUUCAGAUUUGGUGAAGAUGGAUCCCUGCUUCAUCUUUAAUCAUGCCAAACUCAGUCCCAUUUGUCAUGUUUACUCUGUGGCACAAAGGAUGAACCGUAGGCCUGCCCAUUACCUCGACGUCUAGAAUUGUGCCUAAUAAAUGAGUCUCCUUGUUUUGUCAAGAGCCAUUUUCUAAACCCCCUUUCUUUGCUGGCUUGUAGCCUACAAAAGUAACCGAACAUUGCUCUCUUAAUAUGAAGCUCCGGUUUAUCUCUAACGUUACUCUCACAUUUAAUAUUUUGUUUUGCCAGUGUGGCUGAUUAAGAUUGUGUGAGGUCUAAAUGUCCUUAUUUGGAUAUACGAUAACCUUUCUGGUCACAUCUGUGUGUUUAAAUAUUUAGCGCAUUUCAAAUUGAGAACAGGGUAAGGUGUGUAGGAAAAUAUCUGAUUUAGAUUUUAUUCAUAUUCAGAUGAAAGUAAUAACAGUUGAAUCAAACCGGGCAUAUAGAUAACCAAAACAAUACAAUGCAAAACUAUUUAAAAUGAGCACUGCUAAAAAUAUUUGAAUUACCUCAUUUGAUAUUUUUAACGUUUUUUGUUGUCUAGUUUUAUGAAGUGAUAAAUUUGAAGUCAUUUGAUCAGAAUGCUAUUUUCUGCAAAAAAAUAUUAGCAUUUAUUUGUACGUUGCAAUGUAAUUUAAAUAUUCUUGUCGCCAGGGCUGUGUAGAGAAAUGCGUAUAUUGCAUAGAUGAAUGAAAAUACUCUAUUUUCGUUUUUCCUAUUACCUCGUCUUUAAGUUUCUGUUUUUAUUCUACGUCAAAUAAACAUAAGCACGUAUGUCAUUUUUCUUUUUCUUUCUUUCUUUCUUUCUUUCUUUCUUUCUUUCUUUCUUUCUUUCUUUCUUCUUUCAAAUGUGUCGAUAUUUUAUCGUGUAUGAAAAUAUUUUUGACAUUCCAAAGAUCAGUCUUCCUGGUGAUGAUGUAUUUUCCUUUCACAGUUCUGUCUCCUCCUUCUUAGGCCUUUCACUGUACACAUUUGUUAUUUGUAAAUAGCUAUAGAAAUUUAAUAAAUAAAAGAUAAUAAUCACUGUA